AGACUACAAAACUUGGAAUGUAUUUUUUUACAAGGUGUUAAAUUGAGAUAAAAAGAUUUUAGGGAGAUUUGGAGAUAACUAAGGGGAAAUUACCUCUGCAGCCCUAGUAUUAGUUGUCAAACUAAUAAAAAAGUUAGACUUUGUCUAUCAAAAAUUCACAAAUGUGUGACGGUCGGGGAUUCUGCUAUAACAAUUUCGGACUAGAUUAAAAUUAAAAGCACCUUUGAGCAAGCUACAGCUUCCUUAAUAUUUAUUUAUUAAAAUACUAUUAUAGUGUGCAGGAAUGAUGGUGGAAGGCUCAUUUACUCGGAACGAAGUGUUCCAAAUGGCUAUAAGGGUCGCAUUUGUGUCUGCAGUGACUUAUUUCUCCAUAAAGUGGCUGGUGAACCAAAUAGAUCCCACUUCCAAGAGUCGGAAGAAGGCCGAGGAGCGAGCGCGGGAACAGUUACGCAAGGUAUCUUGCAGAGCAGGCCUUGGGGGCAAGCAUACAGUUGCUUUGGACAAACUUACGGACCAUGAAAUGAUCAUAGCGUCACAACUAGUUAUCCCAGAUGAGAUUAAUGUAAGCUGGAAAGAUAUAGCUGGAUUAGAUAACUUGAUCCAAGAGCUUCGGGAAACUGUUAUCUUGCCUAUACAGAAAAGAGAAUUAUUUGCUGACAGCAGGCUCACACAACCUCCCAAAGGAGUGCUCUUACAUGGACCUCCUGGUUGCGGUAAGACGCUCAUAGCCAAAGCGACAGCGAAGGAAGCACAGAUGAGCUUCAUCAAUUUAGACGUGUCGUUGUUGACGGAUAAGUGGUAUGGAGAGACGCAAAAGCUAGCGGCCGCUGUAUUCAGCCUCGCAGUGAAGUUGCAGCCCUGUAUUGUGUUUAUUGAUGAAAUUGAAUCCUUUCUACGUACGCGUACUCAGCACGACCAUGAAGCCACUGCCAUGAUGAAGACCCAAUUCAUGUCAUUGUGGGACGGACUCAUCACCGACCCUACUUGUACAGUCAUUAUUAUGGGUGCAACGAACCGUCCCCAGGACUUGGACAAGGCCAUCCAGCGCCGCAUGCCCGCCACCUUCCACGUGCCCAUGCCCAGCGAGAUGCAACGGGAACGGAUACUCAAACUCAUCCUGCAAUCCGAGCCGGUUUCUGAUGAUAUCGAGUACCGGCGGCUGGCGGCGGCGACCGACGGCUUCUCGGGCUCCGACCUGCACGAGCUGUGCCGCCACGCCGCCGUGUACCGCGUGCGGGACCUCGCAAGGGACGAGGUGGCCAAGGAGAUGAACCAGAAGGAGAACCGGUCGAGUACGGAGUCGGACGACGAGUACCAGGACGCGGUCCGGCCCAUCACGAUGGAGGACUUGCGUUUGUCGCUCAACAAACUGAAGGAGUCCAAGAUACAGUGCGGCGCCCUGCCCGGACACGUGAGGAUAGAGCUCGACUAGACGCCGCCAUUAUUCGUUUGUUUCCUAAUAGACUUACCGUUUCGUGCCUCACAGGUGAAAUUUUUUUUUGUUGUCCUUGUAGGCAGACGGCCCACCUGAUGGUGAGUGUUUACCGUCGCUCAUAGACUUCAGCAAUGCCAGGGGCAGAGCCGAGCCGCUGCCUAGCGUUAAAAUAGAAAUGUGAAUGGUUAAAUAUUAAAUACGCUGUUCAAAGCUUGAGAACCACUGUUUUUUUUUUUUUGUAAUUUCGAUUGUCUCAUUGUAUGUUGUAGUUGGUUUAUUUAUUAGUGACGCGGAUCCAAGAUCCCACGUACAUGUAUGCGCGAUAUAUUUUAUGUAAAUUAUAAUAAAUCCAAAGGAAUAGUUUUUUCUCAUUUACACAAUCAUCUCUAUACAGAAGUAUGAAUAAUACCUACAGUUGCCUUAAGGUGCAAUUAAUAAUAGUUGAGACCACGAAUUAACAAGAAUACUUGAAUGACAUUUAAAACAAUUGAAAUUUGUUUGCAAGCAAACGUUAGAGUGAAGGUAAUUGAAAUAAUUUUGUGAGUUAUUCAUAUAGUUAUUCGGAAUUAUUAAACCAAACAAAUAUUUAAAAAAAUACUACUGUAUUCAAAAAAAAGUAAUAAUAUUAAAAAUAAUGUAAUAAAUUAAAUUAGCCAUUUAUAGUGAUACAUAGAAUAAACGCGCUAGCCACGAACUAAAAUAAAUCACAUAUAGAACCAUUAGCCUCAUGAAGUAACAUCAUACAUUGAAGUUGGUGUUGAAAGAUGCUAAAAUAAUUCGGUUUUGUUUGAUGAUUUAAAAUGUUAUCGUAUCCUCAUAAAAAAGGUGAUUGAUAGAUAGCAUUAAUUUAAUUAAUACGUCUGGGAGUUAAUCUUCCAUGGCUUUAUUGUUUAUUACCUAGUGCCUGUUUCAGUUUAGACAAUUAAAACUAUAAUUAGGUGUUAUCUAUACUAAUAUAUAAAUCUACAGUGGUUUUUACGGAUGUUCCGUUACAACUACUGAACUAUGUAUCCGAUUGACUUGAAACUUGGUAUCCAUGUAGAAAAUACAUGUACUUAAUGGAUAGGCUAAUAUUUAUACGAGUGCUGGACUCCCUGCACCAGUUGCGGGGGCGUUAAUGAUGAGAAUCUUUGUGGGGGUGAGAAAUAAUAAUAAUGUUAAUUUCAAACGCCGAGCGAAGCGGACGGGAACUGAUAGUUUAUCAUACAACAGGAUUGGACCGAACGUCAUAAAUCUAAAAGCCAGCUGUCAAUAUGUCAAACUCAAAAUAUGUAUAGUUUCUGGGAAGGUCGUAUGGACAAAUUAAGCACGAAAUGUAUUGUAAAAUUUAUUUCGUUGUAUUUUAAAAAUAAUUGACGCCCCCUCUACCCUCUCGGGGUGAAUGUCGGCUUCGCUGUACAUUGCGUGUUCAAGAAAUCCCUGAUAUAUAUAUGCUAUGCUGUACAUCAAGGUCAUAGCUCACGUCUAAUUCAUCCGAAAACCUUUUAUAGGGAUCCGUGUGUAGUUUUUCCUCUAUUUACGACUUUAAUUUCAGUUAAAAAAUGACAUCUUAUCUUAACCUACAUUAAAACCAUAAACAAUGUUUUUGCAAAGUUGAACAUUGGGUUUGUGGGUUGGAUGCGUUACAUAUCAUCCUUGAAGUGAAGCCAUAGUUACGGAUAUAACAUGUGUUCACGGGUGCUCACGUUUGACUGUCUGUUGAUUGUGCACAAUAAAUCUUAAUGGAGGGUGAUGGCUGAAAAAGCUUUUCAUUCUAGUUAGUGAAGAAAAACCAACCCUUCUUUGUAACAAGAACAAUGCUAAAAUUAUUGGAAGUAAAUAAACAGUUUUAAUAAAUCAAAGUUGUUGGUAGUUUGUUUAAAGUUUUAACGGAGAACAGAUAUUUAUAUAUGUUUAUUGAUUAUUAUGAACAUGUUGAUGAUAUACGAAAUAUUUAUAAUGUAAAAUAAGAAUUUAUCAAAAUAACCUCUAUGGUCCAGUGGUUCGGUAGAUUUAUCAAUAAAAUUGUUGAAGUUUAUUUUUGGUCGGAUUCAUAUUGAAUGUUUUGUUUGAUUCUUGCUCGCACAUUUCAGACAGUGUCAAUGACAGACAAAACAUUCGAUAACUAGACGUUCUAUUCUGUAUACUGUGUGCAUUUGUUGGCUUUUAUAUAUUAUAAUAUAUGUACAUGCUUUUUGAUAUAAUUGUUUUUAUAAAUUUGAGUUGAAGUAUUUACUGUAAUUAUUUUUGUGUUGAGUGUUGCCAUAACUUUAGAAAAAAACGUUCCAAACGAUUCCAUAUAGUUAUGGAGGGUAGGAGUAAGGAAUAACAUCUCAGUGUAUUAAAAAGUGUUGAGAGGGAGCCAACUAAGGUAGUGCUAUGGUGCUAUUAUGGUAACAAGUGGAGAUAUUUAAAAAAUAGCGCCGUAAACUACUUGAAUAGGAUGCUAAAUUAAUAAGGAAAGAAACAUUUCCUAGUUGAGAUUUUAAAUACUUAUAUAUAUAGUUUUUAAUAUUCAUAGUUUUUAACUGCACAAGUGAAGAAAAAUAUUAAAUUUAUCAGCCCAGCGCACUUGAUUCUGUUUAAAACUGCUAUAUUCAUAUAAAUUCCACUUUCUAUACUAGCGCUAUUUCGGUGAGUCUCCCAACAAUAACUUUCCGUUUACAGGUGGAGAAUUUUUUAACUUAUCCCUCAUACAAGAUGGUGCGCCUUACUUUUACCAUCCAUACAUAUAGUGUAGUCUGUGUAGUAUAGCUAAUCUAAGAAGUACCGUUUGACAGUUGACAGCGCUGACAGACAGACUUGUGAUCUAAGAAUAUCUGUAUCUAUAUUUUGAUUAUUAAAAAUCGAUCGAUUCCAGAUAUUUUUUUAUUACACACGAUUAUUCAUAUAACUGAUACAGUCCAUACAGUAAUAUGUUAUUGUUUGCCACAAUGUUGCGUCAUGAAACAUUUGAAAUGUCAGAGGGUAUUUUUUAGAAUGGAAAUGCUAUAGUUAUAAAAGCUUUGUUAAACUUGUUAAAAAAGUUUUGUUCAACUUUUAGCAUACACGGAAAUAAUAUGUACGAUGACAUUAAAACUGACUAAAAACUGUAGUAUUCGCUUCACCAAUAUAAUAUAAUAUAUGUAAGCAGUUAGUUGCGUAGCAUUGUUUUGUUUAAUUGUAGCCUGAAUUUUGGAUAUGGAUAAAGUUACAAAUUUGAUAUUCAAGAGAUAGUCGCCAUGGUCAGAAUUUAUCAUAUUAUUUGUAUCCUCCUCCUCGCGUCGUUUUCAUCAUCACUGAGGGUCGUGACUCCCCCGCUGCAUCAGUUUCUCCUGUACGGUUUCCCUCCAUCUGCUGCGAUCCUUAGCUUCAUGAUUUGUAUACAGUAACAAAAAGUUAAGAUGAAAUAUCACAAUUUUUCUCUUAACGAGACGCAAACUCAAAGUUAAAUGUUUUUUUUUGUACGUUGCCAUUUUAAUGCUUAUGAUAAUUUAAUUGAAAUUUAAAAAAAAGUUAUCGUUUUGGUUAGCGAUGAAGAAUGUGAUCAAAAGGCUUAUAUAUCUCUUUAUGAUCUCUUGAUCAUCUCAAUCUAAAAGAUAUACAGAGGAAAUAUCGGAUAGGUAAGGAGGGAAUCCUCAGGAACCAGUCGCCUAUAUUCUUUAAAACAACUAAAAAAAUGGGAGCAGGAUGUUGUUUUAUGAGCACGCACGAAGUCGUCAUAUCGAUCUACCUUCCAGUGCUAUGGGUAAGAGAACCGUCAUUUCCUACUAAAGAAACCUCCAACUCAUCUCGAUUAUGGAUGAUUAUUGUAUAUAAAAAUUACAGCGAAUUACUAAAUCGCAAAUACAAGGCACGAAAAUGAAAGAAGAACGACAAAUUACGCGGUUGACUGCUUUCAGUGACGAUAGUUCUAAGUGUACUUUUAUUUGUGACGUGAAAACUGAAAUGUUAAAUACUAUAUAUAUGGACUAUACGACGUUAUGACUCUGCAGUUGUAUGUACAGUGUGCGCUCUAAACGGUUCCAGCCUCUUAGAAUAUUGGAUUCUUGAAAAUGGUUCUUCCUUCUCUACUCUCCUCCCCCCUCCUCCCCUCUCCUGCCCCUCCCCUCCCCUCUCCUGCCCCUCCCCUCCCCCUCCCCUCCCCUCCUCCCCCCUCCUCCCCUCUCCUGCCCCUCCCCGCCUCCACUCCCCCUCCUCCCCCUCCCCUCUCCCCCUCUCCUGCCCCUCCCCGCCUCCCCGCCUCCCCCCUCCCCCUCUCCCCCUCUCCUCCCAAACCGGAAUAAAAACUCUAUAAUCUAUAGUUCCAAAUUCAGUUUUGUGUUUUAUUAAAUAGCGUAUAUUGAACAACGAAUAUUGUCAUAAAAGAAUUAGAAUAAGAAUAGUGUCGAAAAAAGAUACUUGGUAUAAACAAAUUCAUCGUAGGAAAUGUAGGUGGUUGUCUAGCAAAAGUUCAUGGUUGCAGUGUCCAUAAUGCCUCUUGUGUAAAUCAUGCCUUGUAUAUCUACUUUUAUCGUUAUGAAAGAGUUAAACAAAAUGGCAGCUGACUAAAAAAAACAUAGCUUAACGAAUUUAUGUAUCGUAUGUAUCGUAGAUGUAGUAUGUAUUUGUAUGUGUACGUUCAUUUUGCGUAGAUGUAGGGUGUGUCUGUGUGCGGUGGUUGUUAUGAAGUAAUCGGUUUUAGAAUUAGUCGAUAAAAUUAGUGUUGUGACUGUCGAUAGUUUCUAAGACAUUCUCGAAAAACUUAAAUUAUGUUUAAGCUUCCCCAAAAUCACAACACUAAAUUACGUUCGAGUGAGGCUUGCACAAGAAUUACUUAUGAUAAUUUUUGUCGAUAUUAAAAUAAAAAAAACUUGUGAA